GUAAAAAAAACCUUUCCGCGUCAGCAGUGACGCGGGAUGUAAGUGUCGCCGUGUCAAAAUGUGCGCGGGUGUCAAUCAUCGCGAGGAGUGACACGCGCGAUUGCCGCGCUCGAGAUAUUAUUUCGGAUGUGCUGCAUAUAGUCCGCUAUUCGCGCGAAUUAUCGAUUCAGUCGAUCGCGUGUUCUGGACUACGUAGUAUUUCCACGAAAAGCAUGGAAGCCUCCUGGAGUCAUUAUUACGGUAUCAUUCAAAACUUAUCGCUACUCACCGGCAUGUGGCCGUACCUGAAGCCGAGAACGAGGUUGCUCCGCGUGGUCCUGUUGACCACGAUCGUCCUGACUAUAUUCGUUCCGCAGAUAGCGCAUCAAUUCACGUGCAAGCAGGACCUUCAAUGUAUUUUCGAAUCAAUGACGUCGUGCCUGUUGACGAGCGUCGGUAUGGUGAAGGUGUGGUCGUUUCAAUUGAAUAUUCGUCAAAUUAAGAGCUUCACCGAACACUUGUUCGUCGACUGGAAGGAACUGGAGACGCCUCAGGAGUACGAAAUCAUGAGGUCGUACGCCGAGAACUGCAGACGAUUCUCCUUGCUAUAUCCGGUGUACUGCUUCUCGGCGGUGUACAUUUUCAUGUCGGUGUCUAUUGUACCACCUAUACUCGACAUUGUAUCACCGCUUAACGAAUCCCGGCCUGUACUGCUGCCGUACCCGGGAUACUACUUUGUGGACAGUAGGAAAUAUUUCUUUUAUAUUUUUGGCCACUCCAUCUUCAGCUGGGAGAUGGUCAUGGCCGGAAUAGUAGCGCAUGAUUGCAUGUUCGUGAGUUACGUCGAGCAUCUGUGCAGUAUGUUCGCGGUGGUCGGAUCUCGUUUCGAAGAUCUAUUUCGUAAUUCUGACGAUGCAGUGGAAGACGCGAAAGGAAAUCUAGACGAUGUUUAUCGCAAGAAGAUCGCGCUCUUCGUCCACACACAUCGGAAAACCUUGAAGUUCGCGCAGACUCUCGAAAGUACCUUCACCGUACCCUUUGCUGUGCAAUUACUCAUAAUUAUUGGCACGAUGAGCUGCACCCUGUUGCAGAUCACGCAGCAGGAGGCCGGCAUGUUGGAACUAAUAAGGUACAUAUUGUACGUCAUCGGUCAACUGUUUCAUUUGUUCUGCCUCAGUUUCGAGGGCCAGAAGCUGAUCGACCACAGCCUUCGGAUGCGCGACAAGAUAUACAAUAGCUUGUGGUACAAGGCACCGUUGAAGUCACGGAAGCUCCUUAUAUUAACGAUGAUGCAGAGUCUUCGGCCGACUGUCUUGAGCGCGGGCAAAGUUUACAUAUUCUCUCUGGAGAGCUUCACUACGGUAAAAUAUGCAGCAUCACAGACCAUUGACAUUCGGACGUUCCGUCGCGCAUAAUGACAAAAUGUCCCUGUCUUUUCAAGGUUUUACAAACUUCGAUGUCUUAUUUUACGGUACUCUCCACCUUUCAAUAACAGCGAUAUUCCAUCAGAAUUGUUCUAUCGAUUUUUAACUUGUAUUAAACCAAAAUAAAACAAUAUAAAUUUUUUAACAUUAUAUAUUAGCCGAGAG